AUGGGAAAUCUUGGUGUAUUUUUCAAGAUUUUCUCAUUGAUCGUAGCCAUGUCAAGUCUCCAUGCCAUGUCCCAAUUGUCCAAACAAGAAAAAACAUGGUUCCAGAAAUAUUACCUAGGUAAGAAAGAGGUAACCAAGCUGCAUUUUUAUGUUCAGGACAAACUGUCUGGUCCUAAUAAAACUGUCUAUGAAGUGUCUCGAUCAAACAUUACUUCGAUUUCACCAACAUCAUUCGGUCAGGUACGAGUUUUAGAUGACUUGUUGACGGCCGGUCCUGACCGAAAUUCAACGGAACUGGGUAGAGCUCAAGGGCUCAUUACUUUUGCUGACCUGAAACAAUCGGCCUUGGCAAUGAACUUGAAUUUUGUAUUCACAUCCGGAAAAUAUAAUGGUAGUACCCUUUGCAUAUUAGGGAGAAAUCCGAUAUUGGAAAGGGAUCGUGAGCUGCCGAUUGUCGGAGGCACGGGUAUUUUUCGAAUGGCACGAGGAUAUUCCAUUUCAAAUACUUAUUCGUAUGAUCCCAUUGAAGAUUACGGUGUUAUAGAAUACACUGUUUAUGUUACUUAUGUUAAGGGAUGA